UGACGUAUAAUCUAGUGGACGCAACGCUUCUUACACACAGCAACAGUUAGACAGCCACCUCCGUAGCGUGUUAGCCAAACCGAUACAGCUCGUUAGACGCUUUCGUGUAUAUUAGCCACUAUGUUUUAAACCCAUGUCUGUUGUCUAGUUAGUUAUCCCAUUUAAUGUAAUAUUUACUGUGUUGUUAUUGGUAAACUAGCUGGCUGGUUAAAUUAGCACUAUCCUAGCAAGCAAGCUGACAUCGCCGACCAUGACCUCACUAAGCUACUCUCCAACUAUUAAAGAAGAGGUCUGCUGGACGGAGAAGGAGGAUGCUGUUCGAGUGAAAGAAGAAGAGAAAGAAUUUACAGUAAAAGAAGAGGGAGACGCGGUCAGAGUGAAAGUGGAGGAGCAAGAGGAGGAUGGAGUUGUCGGAGUGAAAGAAGAGAAUAGGAAGAUGACUGUCACAUCGAAAAAGGAGGAAGAGGAAACUGGAUAUCUGGGCUCGGUUUCCCAAAGUGGUCUUAAGGCAUCCUAUGGUUCUAACGAUGAAGUUAGCCUUAAAAUGCGUUUGGGAAAAUCGGCCCAGAUUAACACUAGAGAGAGACUUGACUAUCAUGGAUCCUCUGUAGAGCCUCAACAAUAUUUUGAAGCUGACGAGGCAGAGAAGAGUCUCUCCACAUCAGAACACCUCAAGAAAAACCAGCGGAAACCCACAGGGAAGAAAUCUCACCGAUGCUCCGACUGUGGGAAGAGUUACUCAAGAUCAGAUUCACUAAAGGUGUCGUUCUGCACGCCUUCCAGAUUCCACCCCCAGUCCAAUGUCCAGUCGGAGCGAGCCAAUCAGGACUUAGAGGCGACUCUUCGCUGUCUAGUCGCUGCCAACUCUACCACCUGGAGUCAGCAGCUGGUAUGGGUUGAGUACACCCGCAACACCCUUCCUUGCUCCGCCGCGGGUCUCUCGCCCUUCGAGUGUUCCUUGGGAUAUCAGCCUCUUCUCUUCCCCGAGCAAGAGGAAGAAGUCAGCAAUCCCUCUGCCCAGAUGUUCAACCGCCGCUAUCACCGUACCUGGAAGAGAGCCCGGGCCGCUCUGUUGAAGAUCACUUCCAGGCCCACCCCUCCUCCCCACCUGGUUGACUGGGAGGGUUAUGGCCCGGUUAUGGCCCAGAGGAGAGCUGCUGGGUCCCUGCUAGAGACAUCCUGGACCCAGCCCUCAUCGCCGACUUCCACCGUUGGCACCACGGUCAACCAGCUACGCGCCCAGCUCCUGCUUUUCCCAGCCUCUCUUUUUCUCGCCCUCCUGGUUUUGAGCCUUGCCUGUCCUGACUCUGAGCCCACCUGCCUGACCACUCUGCCUGCCCCUGACCCUGAGCCUGCCUCCCGCCCUGCACUUUUGCCCCACCUCUGGAUUAUUGAGCUCUGUCUACCCUGACCCUGAACCUGCCUGCCGUCCAGUACCGUUGCUCCACCUCUGAUUUACUGACUACUGCCUGCCUUGACCUGCCUAUUGCCUGCCUUCUGGUCACGCGCCUCUAUCUCAAAUCAAAUCACAUUUAUUUAUAUAGCCCUUCGUCCAUCAGCUGAUAUCUCAAAGUGCUGUACAGAAACCCAGCCUAAAACCCCAAACAGCAAGAAAUGCAGGUGUAGAAGCACGGUGGCUAGGAAAAACUCCCUAGAAAGGCCAAAACCUAGAAAGAAACCUAGAGCGGAACCAGGCUAUGAGGGGUGACCAGUCCUCUUCUGGCUGUGCCGGGUGGAGAUUAUAACAGAACAUGGCCAAGAUGUUCAAAUGGUCAUAAAUGACCAGCAUGGUCAAAUAAUAAUAAUCACAGGCAGCACAGUUGAAACUGGAGCAGCAGCACUGCCAGGUGGACUGGUGACAGCAAGGAGUCUAACAGUAUCUAACAGUACACUUCAAGUGACCCUCGUUCCAGAUGGCCAUACUUCUUCAUUACACAAAGGAAUAACCUCAACCAAUUUCUAAAGACUGUUGACAUCCAGUGGAAGCGAUAAGAACUGCAAGAAGGUCCCUUAGAAAUCUGGAUUCCCAAUGAAAACCCAUUGAAAAGAGAGUGACCUCAACAACAACAAAAAAUGUAAUGGUUUGUCCUCUGGGUUUUGCCUGCUAAAUACAUUUUGUUAUACUCACAGACAUGAUUCAAACAGUUUUAGGAAUGUCAGAGUGUUUUCUAUCCCAAUCUACUAAUAAUAUGCAUAUCUUAUCUUCUGGGGAUGAGUAGCAGGCAGUUGAAUUUGGGCAUGCAUUUCAUCCGGACUUGAAAAUACUGCCCCCUGUCACCAAGAAGUUAAGCUUUAUUUUGAUGUAUUACACUUGUGAUUUUAUGAAAGUUAAAUAUUUAUAAGACUGUCGUUUCAAUUUCGCGCUCUGCAAUUUCACCGGAUGUUGGCCAGGUGGGACGCUACCAUUCUACCUGCCCAUAAGAAGUUAACCCGCUGUUUCUAGGCCAUCAUUGUAAAUAAUAAUUUGUUCUUAACUGACUUGCCUAGUUAAAUAAAGGUUAAAAAAUGUGAGGUUGAUCAGAAAGUCAGGACAAAGGUCAAUCAACGCCAUUAUGUAGCUUCUUUCCCUUUUCUUUCCUUCAGAAACCAUUUAACAACAUUUCAAACAUUUCCAUCAUUCUGCGUACCCGGUCAACAACCAAAUUAAAAAGACCCCACACAAUAAAGUAAAAACGGUAUUAACACCACUAACAAAUAUUCAUAACCGGUGAGUUGUGUGUGCUGGUGUUGGCUUUCACCCUCCCUUUACGGGUCUAAUAGGGAACCAACACCACUCGUGAUUUACCCCCUAGGACUUGCCCUCUGCAGGUAUCAGCCUGCUCAGGCUUAACUACCGGGACUUACCCUAUACUUUAUGGUACUAGCAGGAACCAACUCACUUGGGAUUUACCUCCUAGGACUUACCCUCUGCAGAUACCAGCCUGCUCGGGCAUACCUUCCAGGACUUACCAUAUACCAUAAAUCUACAACCGGUCGUAUUACAAUGGGACUACUGAAUAUACUCAGGCUUUCUAGCUCUGUAUCCUAUAAUUGGUUCAGCCUACGACUCUCAUCUCCCCAAGAUGUCAGAAUGAGUGGCAACAGGUGUAGGAACUGUGCCUACGUGCUGGCUCCUGUUUCACUGAUUCGGACUCUCUAGUUCGACUGUAAAUCGUGGUGAUCCCUGCUCACUGUUAGAUUCUAAAUAAACAGAGUAAAACUCACAGAUGACUAGUAAAGCUCAAACCAAGUUUAUUCACCCACUAGGUCACAUAGCUGCAUAAGACAAAAACAUGUUUCCACCAGCACAAGUCUUUAUACCCCCCUUUAGACGGAGUCUCCUCUUUUUCUCUAAACAAACGCGUUCUCCUGAGUGAUGAAUCACGCUUCACAAUCUGCCAGUCUGAUGGGUGAAGAUGUCUUUGGCAUAUGCCAGGAGAACGCUAGCUGCCCCAAUGCAUAGUGCCAACUGUAAAGAUGAAUGGUCUUGGGCUGUUUUUCAUGGUUCGGGCAAGGCCCCUUAGUUCCAGUGAAGGGAAAUCUUAACGCUACAGCAUACAAUGACAUUCUAGACGAUUCUGUGCUUCCAACAUUGCGGCAACAGUUUGGGGAAGGCCCUUUCCUGUGCACAAAGCAAAGUCCAUACAGAAAUGGUUUGUCAAGAACAUUGUGGAAUAUCUUGACUGUCCUGCACAGUGCCCUGACCUCAACUCCAUGGAAUACCAUUGGGAUGAAUUGGAACAACGACUACGAGCCAGACCUAAUCGCCUACCAUCAGUGCUCGACCUCACUAAUGCUGUUGUGGCUGAACGGAAGCAAGUCCUCGCAGUAAU